GACUGGUACCGGGUAGAGAGGAGGGGCUUGGCGCGACGUGGGGGAAGUUGCGCAUGUCGCACUGACGGUUCAGGUUUGACAUUUCCCAACGCCGACAAGAAACAAGGUGCAUGGCAACAACUGCAAUGUGGUCUACGUGUUAAAUAUUGUGAAUUACAUUCGACUAGAUAGUAGAUGUCUACACUUUGGUAUCUGUGAGUAGUCAAACGUUUUAGUACAAAGCCAGCCAACUACUUUUGCUAGCAUUACAUUAGCAAAGUCAGCACAGCUAGCUAGCGUCCUUCAUUUUGGUGAGACAGUUUGCUAGCUACCUAACGAGUGAACGGGACUAUUUAUUUAACCUGAACACCAUUGUAGUAUUUUACUCAAAAGGUUCGCGCUUACACGUUAGCUCGCUUUUUGUUCAGCUAAAAGUUCGCUAUCUGGUGUGGUGACUGAUUUGUUUAUUGUAGCCUGUCACCGGCAAAAUGACUGUCUUUGAAAUGAAUCAAGUCAUCGGUCCCUAGCGAACGUCAAAAGCCAGCUAUUCACCCUCUCACUGUAGUUGGGGCUGUAAACAAACAGCGACAAGACGGCAAGAGAAGGGAAGGAGGCGCUCGAAUCGCUCCUUCAGGAUUCAUCCACUGCAUCAGCAUCAAGGAUGGAGUUGGCACUGCAGCAGCACAGAGAGAGAGAGGUGAAAGAGGGAGACAUGCAACAGAAACAGGAUUCUCAAGGAGGCAAACCCUCAAGCAUCUUGGGAAAGGCGCAUCCAGCUCUCAAGGCCUUCAUGUGUGGCUCCCUGAGCGGCACCUGCUCCACGCUGCUCUUCCAGCCUCUGGACCUGGUCAAGACGCGCCUGCAGACCCUGCAAAACAUCAUGAAGCCUGGAGCUCCUAAGGUGGGGAUAAUGACAGUGCUUGUCCAGGUCAUUCGGACAGAGACCUUCCUGGGCCUGUGGAAGGGAGUGUCACCGUCGUUUGUACGCUGUAUCCCAGGCGUAGGGAUCUACUUCUCUACCUUCUACUCACUGAAGCAGCACUACUUCCAGGAGGGCCGGGCCCCUAACGCUGGGGAGGCUGUGCUGCUGGGGGCCGGGGCCAGGGCCGUGGCUGGGGUCUGCAUGCUGCCUGUCACCGUCAUCAAGACACGCUUUGAGAGCGGACGGUACAACUACGUGAGCGUCCUGGGAGCUCUGAAGAGCGUGUGUGAGACGGAGGGGCCCAGGGCUCUGUUCUCCGGGCUGACGGCCACACUGCUCCGAGACGCCCCCUUCUCUGGCAUCUACGUCAUGUUCUACAGCCAGGCCAAAAGGUCCCUUCCACCGGAGGUGAGCUCGUCGCCCUAUGCCCCGUUGGGGAACUUUGGCUGUGGGGUGAUGGCUGGAGUCCUAGCCUCUGUGGUCACCCAGCCAGCUGACGUGGUCAAGACUCACAUCCAGGUCAGCCCCUCCCACUGGACAACCAAGGACGCCAUUCGCUACAUCUACAUGGAGCAUGGUCUGAGGGGUUUCUUCCGUGGGGCUGUGCCACGCUCUCUGAGGAGGACUCUGAUGGCAGCCAUGGCCUGGACCGUCUACGAACAGCUGAUGGCCCGCAUGGGACUCAAGUCCUGAGGAGAGGCGUCAGGGAGGAACUGAUAAAGGAAGAAUGACGUGGGGACUUGUUUUUAUACAAAGCAGCAGUUUGAGGGGGAAGAAAGUGAGAAGGAGGGAUAGAGAGGAGGUGUAGGGACUGUUUAUCACUGCAGCUAGCUUGGGAAAGACAAAGAGGUGGGUGUUGGUGGCACAGAAGAGUGAAAGGUGUGUGUGUUUUACAUGUUGAUGUUUAUGAGAGUUAUUGUGAAUGUUUGUAUGUCCUUACAUUGUCAACCCUGACCUUAAAUUACAUUCCCUCACUGCUGAGAACUGAACUGAUCCCCCUCUGAGUGUGGAGACCAUAGAGAACUAUCUAUUUCUAUGGGGGAGACCAUAGGGAUCUAUUUAAUUAUAUUUCUAUGGGGGAAGACCCUCUCAGACUGACUACUAUGGAUACCACUCCGGUGAUAAGAGACUGUCACUCACUGUCUAGGACUGUGACUAACAUCUAGGUGUCUCUAACACUCCCAAGACGAAACGGCAGCUUUGAUUUAGUUACCUCAGCAAGAGGUUAUCUGCUGGCUAAAAGUGUAGUGGACUGGACAAAGUAACCCUGUGCCAUGACCAUGCAACAUAUUUACAAAUGACCGGCAGACUACAUUAUCAGCACAGUGAUUAUUGUGACCUAUCGACUGACUGAAGGAAAUACAAUAUUUAUUGACUGACUGACUAAAACCAUUUAUUACUAGCUUGGACAAUCAAGACAAUAUUGCUGUGCAUUGUAGCAAAAGACUAGGCUGAUAUUUUAUAUACUGCAACUGCAUAAUUAGCUACUAGAAACUUGCCAUUGGCAUACUUAGCCAUAUUAAAAUAGUGUACAGUGGGUGUUCUCUAUACCCAAUUAAACUGGGAUAACAUUUCUAGUGCAUUCCAUUCUGGUUGCAGUGUUGUAGACCGGAUGUGCUUUAUCUAACCAGUAAUGAUAGUCAAUCCCAGAGCCAUUGAUGGAUAAUUGGCUCUAGUCAAUCCCAUUGGAACCCAGACGAUGCAACUCUGGCCCCCUUUGGGCUGUAGCAUUGUGAGACAAUAGUCAACAUCGCGAUCAUGAACAUGCAGCUUCAGCAUCACUGUAUUACAUGGGCCAGAUUCAGUAGUCACAAAAAGAAAGCAAACCGGAGGGACUAGCUGAUCUUGUCCUAUACGAAACAUAAAAUCUGGUUUUCCGAUGCAAAACAUUUUGCGACGGUGUGCACUAAUGUACACUACCCAGCUAAAUAUAGGAAUCCAUAUCAGUGAUGCACAGCCAUGGUCCUGGAUGGUCUCUUGUUAGUUUUGUAAAUGAAUAGGCCUAUGUAUUCAGUAUUUUGAGUAGUUUGUUUUUGGACGCCCAUACACGUGUAUAUUUCUUAACCCACAAUGUCCAGUGUGCCAUGUUCAAAAAUAAAAACCCAUGACAUGUC